ACACUAGGAACGAGUGAUGUAGUCGAUGAUGAAAUCUUAGCCGUGGUGAAGUGGCUCACAUUGACCCAGCCUAGGACGACACGGAUCCUCUUGCCACCAACCUCUCUUCUCGAUCCGACCAACCGUGCUUGCUACAGGAAACGCGGUCAAUACUCCAUGCACUGUCGGCGACUACGGGAUGAAGACUAGAUGCUGGGUGGCUGACCGACGUCACUGCAGCUUUGUUGUUCACCCUAACACCGAGAUCAGCCAUGGAAGAAUGAAGAUGUGAGAACCUUUGAAGUCUGAUCUUCACCUAACUUUCUUCUAAAGAAGGAGACCUUCUUGUCUCUCAUCGUUCCUGCCCGUGUUUGUAGUGGAGCGAAGUCCUGAUGUGUUCGUAGACUCUAUUCUGUCGCUGUCAGUUAUCAAUGAGCGGAGUGUUGCUGGCAAGGGCGAUCAUGAAGUCCGCUAGACUAACUAGUCUGUUAGUCGCCAUCGUACUAUUGCAACUGACCUCUUGUCCUUAUCACCUGGCUGAAGCUAGUCGUGAGAAUGGUCCUGCUCCAGAUCUCAGACUAUUGCAGCUUUCACGCAGGCUGUUCGCCGAUGGAGAUAGUUACGAUUGCUGGGCCAGCCCAGUCCGUGCCAGCCAACACAACAGCAGUAGGGAGGUACGACCAUCACCAUCUUUAUCACUAUCAUCAUCAGUGGACGCCGUGCAUAGCAAAGUGAAACACCGAUUAGAGCCCCGAGCCACCGCCACAGGUCGAACCAACAGCAUGCAUAGUUCAUACUCGAGUAGCAAAGGAGUUGAUGCUCCCACGGAACCGAGGAGAGCUGAGCAGCACGCCAAACAAGGAAAAUGGAGGCAGAACGGCAAUGCCGGGGCGGGACGAAGAGGAAUGAAAAUUUUAUUCUGUAGCAGCUCUGAAACGACCACCAUCGACAAAUACGACAUUGAUUGUGAACACAGUGGCACCAUCAUCAACUCUCUUGCCAGGCAAUGCCGAAAACUAGUGGAGAACACUAUCUGCUCGACAGAUGAGCUGAUACAGCUUACUCCUGAAGAAAGCAAGGAAGUGAUCCUGAGCGACUGCCUCAGAGACUAUCAAGUCCCUGCAUUGCCUGAGAACAAGCCACUACUGGGCGUUACACCCAGCGCCGAUGGUAGAGGUGUGAGAGCUGGCUCGCCAGAAGGCGAUAUCCAUAGUGUGGGUGUGAUAUAUCUAAGUAAUGAUCCGCACGCGCAACAGCAACACCAGCAUCAUCACAUAGUGCGGAGAAGCUCCACACCUCUACUGCUCCCACAGGGCAACAUUGGUGUCUCCCUGGCACCAUUGAUCACAGCCAGUAUUGCUGAGAACGCACAGCCCGGCACAUUUGUCACGCAGAUCUACGCAGUGUCAUCGUCACCACUGCAGUAUCGCAUCACAGCUGGGGAUAGCACUGGACAGUUUGUCAUCAACGCAACCGGAGCUUUGUACCUAGCAAAACCACUGGACUUUGAGGCAAGACAGCAGUACAGCCUAGCCAUUGCUAUCAUCCUGCAAGUAGGUUCAUCGCAGAGCGCCAUGACAAGCGUGAUCGUCUACAUCCGAGAUUCCAAUGAAUAUGCACCCCGGUUUGUAUAUCCGAUGGGAAUGACUCACUACCAAGCAACACUCACCCUUGGCAACAACAUUCAAAUGGCUGGCAAGAGGAUUGUAACAGUGACGGCUACGGAUGAUGACCAGUCUGCUACCAUUGUCUAUUCCAUCACUGCUGGUAACUACUUAGACCAUUUUGAGAUUGCACAAGACGGUGCUGUUCUGACAACAGCACAGUUUACCAGCGGCCAUAAUCAACGAUACGAGCUGACGGUAACAGCAACAGACAGCAGCAGCUCGGUCACUACCAAGUCCACCAUGGCACGUUUGCAGAUCACCGUGCUGGAAAGUUCCAAUGAUCAGCUGGUGUUCAUUCCAGGCUACUAUACAGCUAGAGUGGCCGAGCAUAGCAGUGCUGUGCCCAGCCUUCUACAGGUGUACACUGUGAAUAGAGCACUGUCUGCGCUGCACGGUGUUGCCUAUACACUGACCAGUGGCAAUGAUAACAACAUGUUCAGCAUGGACAGGAGCACCGGUGUCCUAGGCGCGGCGGCCAAUUUUGACCGCGAGAAGACGCCAACAUACCGGCUUACAGUCAUGGCACAGUACGGCAAUGUCAGCAAUGUCACCACGGUUACAGUAACCGUGGACGACAUCAAUGAUAGCCCGAGCUGGACCGGCGGCCACAGGACUUUCAUUGUGAACACAUUCAACCAGUCCCUGAAAGCAGGGCCCCUGGGCACUGUCAAUGUCAUCGAUGCUGACAGCGUGCAUGCUUUCAAAUGCACAACACUCACCAACAACAAUCCAACCAUUCUGGCUGUGAGUCCGGCAUGCGAGGUCAGUCUUAUGCAGAGCAAUCCCUCUGCAGGCACCAUCCAUUCCACAGUGAGCGUUAGUGAUGGUACGCAGCCACCGGUCAACAGCACUCUACAAUUACAUGUCGUUUCGGUCCCUGCGGCAGCGGUGGCUAACAGCCUGACUUUCAGUGUUGCAGGCAAUGCAAACACAUUGCUCCAGAAGUUUCACAUCAAUGGCUUUGUCAGUGCAGUGCAGCAAGCUACAGGUGCUCUCUACAAUGACAUCUACCUAUUGGCAAUACAGCAAUCAGCGCGGGUAACGGGGCAUACAGACAUCACGGUAGCUGUUAGCGCCGGCCAUCACAGCAGCUUCCUAAGCCAACAGCAACUGGUGCUGAGCAUUAGUCGCAAUCGCAGCACCAUAGAGCAGCAGCUGGGCACCUCACUGACUAAUCUACCCGUUGACCAAUGUAGCACUGCACCGUGCAAGAACUACGCCACAUGUGAGCCAGUCUCUACCGUGACCAGCGCUGAAACAUCGACAGUUUCUCCAUCGGAAGUGUUUUUCUCCGUCCCAAUAAAGCACGGUUACAAGUGUAUCUGCAUGCCGGGCACUACUGGCCAGCAUUGUGAGCUCAGUGUUGAUGCCUGCUACUCCCAGCCAUGCCCUAGUGGCACCACAUGUACGCUGUCACCAGCUAACACAUUGGACUAUCUCUGCAUGGGUAGUACAGAGAGUACAGCUGACGGCAGCACCGCUUCAAAUAACACCGUGAAGCUAAGCAGCAUGGCCACCUGCCCGUGUCUCAACAAUGGUUCGUGCCACGUCAACACACAGUUCUCCACAGCACAGCAGUGCGUAUGUCCAGAGUUUUAUCAUGGCACCGCCUGCGGUCAGAGUACGCUCACUGCAGUUCAAGACCCGUGCACGGCCAAGCCAUGUCAAAACGGAGCGCGGUGCACCUCCGGCCGAGGAGCAUACACAUGCUCAUGCCUGAUCGGGUUUCAAGGCCAACAGUGCCAGACAGCGACAUUGGUGCUUGACAAUGCGUGUUCUUCUAAUCCAUGUUAUCACGGCUCUACAUGUGUGCCAGGCAGUGGUAGUGCAGCACCGUACACGUGCCUCUGUGCGGCUGGUUUCACCGGAGAACAGUGCACGUGGCCCAUCAGUGCAUGCAGCUCACAGCCGUGCCGCAAUAGUGCUGCAUGCUAUGACAGCACCUCGGCAACGGCUGGAUACGUAUGUGACUGUUUGCCAGGCUUCCAUGGCAGUACGUGUGAACAACAGCUGGAUUCAUGCCGCAGCAGUCCAUGUCAGAAUGAGGGGCAGUGCGUACGCACAGCCCAAGGCUACACGUGCAAAUGCAGAGAUCUCUUCUACGGCACUGCCUGCCAGUACUCUACAUUCCCGAACCUGUGCAACAUGCACACUGUGCCGUGCGCCAAUGCCGCAAACUGUACACAGAGCUCCACAGCCACUAGCUGUAAGUGCUCUGCACUACACCAGGGUCCAAUGUGUGCGAGUGCGGCCAGUUCACCAGCCAGCCAGUCACCAUGCGACGGCAACCCGUGUCAACACGGUGCAACAUGUCAGCCACUUGCCACCUCAGCAGGGUCGGGGUUCACUUGCAUUUGUGCGGCUGGAUUCACAGGCACUCUGUGCUCAGUGAACAUUGACGAAUGUCAAAGUAACCCAUGUUCAAACUACUCCACGUGUUAUGAUGCUGUCAAUGGCUAUGUGUGCAAGUGUGCCGUCGGUCUCCAUGGCUACCACUGCACACUGCCAUGCCCGGCAGGUACCACUGGCGAGGACUGCACACAAGCACAUUACGCGUGUCGGCCGGGACUGUGCGUGAACGGUGCAUCGUGCGUAGAGGAUGUCAGCGCUGCUCUGGGGUACAGAUGUGUGUGCUCGGCACACAACAGCGGUGACAACUGUGAGCUGACGCCGACCUGUGCCACACUGCCCUGUAAGAACGGCGGAACGUGUAGCACGAAUCCCAACGGCUUAGGCUACUGGUGUAUGUGCCCAGCACAGUAUCAAGGAAGAAACUGCCAGCUCACAACCAUCUCAAGCAUUGGCACAGGAUUCCGAGCAUUGCCAGCCAGGCAGCUAGGUGCUAGAGAUCAGAUAGCAUUCCACUUUAGAACCACUACCCAGAACGGCUUGCUGUACUUCAACACACAGCUACACGGACAGGAUACGAUGUCUGCAGCAGCAGCAGGGCACAGCUUUGUUGCCAUUGAGAUCGAAUCCGGGCGCCUGCAGGCCACGGUACAGUUUGAUCAAUAUCACGCAGUGCGACUGUCAGUCACAGGCCUGGUUGCUGAUGCUCAGUGGCACAACGUCACUCUCUAUCACAACUCGCAGUAUGCACAGCUCAUGCUGGACAGUGGAUCUGCAACACCACAGCUUGUGGAUUCAGGAUACGUGACAGGCACAUCUGGGUAUCUUACUCUUGGCCUUCCUGUGUACUUGACGGGACGAGAUCAAACAUCUGGAUCUGCGCUAACAGCCAAUUCAGGCUUCAAUGGCUGUCUGGGUAACCUCUACAUCAACAGUGACUUGGUAGACUUGGCAGAUUCAUUGGAGGACGCUGGCACAUCAGCGGGCUGCUCUGCCAUUCCACCGGAUAGUUGCCGGUCUAAUCCAUGUCCACUGGGAGCAGAGUGUGUUAGUUUCUCAUCAGGCUACACGUGCUCAUGUCCACUAGGAUCAGCUGGCAGAGAAUGCAAGCAAGCAUUGCCAGCGGUGUCCGUGGCACCAUCCGGAUAUAUCCGUUACAACGUCACUCAGUUUUCUCCAGGCGGCGCAUUCCGGCCAUCUCCCAACAGCGUGAUUCAGAUGCAAAUCAGACCUUCUGCAAGCGAUACGCCGGCCAGUGAAGAAGGUGGCCCUCAAGUGCUGUGGUAUAUGCAAGAUCAGAGAAACGCAUCCAAAUAUGAAGCUCUCCUGUGGAUGGCUGGCCAGGUUGUAUACAUCACAACCCUGGGUGGACAACAAGCAGCGCAGGUCAAGAGUGCACCACUGCAGCUGACUGAUAAUGCCUGGCAUAGCAUAACAUUGAGCCGUCAUUCUAAUCUAGUCACAUUGACUGUUGACAAGCGUGUUACCACCCAAUAUCUAAGCACAAAACAAGGAACCUGGGUGGAUGUGCACAAGCAGACUAUCUUUGUUGCUGGCUUGCCGGAGACUACCCCAUCACUGACAGUUCAAGUUGGCACUGUGGCUUCAUUCCGCGGAUGUGUUCGAGACAUACGACUAAACAGGAUCAAUUUCCCAGUGGAGGCUGGCAAUGAGAUGGUGCAGAUCAGCUGGCUGCAUAGAGAGACAAGUGACCAAUGUAGUGGCUGCAGUGCAGUGUGCCAAGCACCUUAUCAAUGUAAUGCUGUGCUGAACGAAUGCCAAUGCCCGCCUGAUCAGCAUUGCAUGUCACUGCCAACCACAGCCACGAAAGCAGAGACCAGGGACUACCUGUGGUACAUCAUCUACAUCGGUGCACCGAUUGGAGGAGCUGUGCUGAUCAUUUUCCUCAUCGUCCUGUGUGUGUGCUUGCAUGGAUCGCGUGAAGAUGCACAGAUCAAGAAAGCCAUUCAGCGUGAAUUGGAGCCAGUGCCAGCCAUCCAGGAUCAUGAAUACGAAGUCACUACAGUCUACAAGAGCAAAGAGGACGACGUUCUGCCGUACAGUGAAGAAGGCGGCGGCGAAAUCAGAGACCUUCCCUUCGACAUUGACCUACUGUUGCGUGAGAUCCGCCGUCCAAACAGUGUAUUGUCUUGCAGUAGUAGAGAUGUGUAUCCAUCAACAGACACAGCCAUGACAUCGGUAUGUGCCACGAGAAAUCAAACAGCCUGCCAUACGCCUCACAUUCAUCAUCCAAGUAAUCCCAACAUUUUCUUGGCAAGUUACACCAACAGUUCACAGUCAACCAGACCAAGCUCAACCACAUCCAGCACCACAAAACUCAAUAUGGAUUGCCCUGAUUCGCGAGGAAAGAGUCGGCCAAACAGCAGAGCAAACCGCAAUGAGAGAAUUGCGGCGGCUUACCGAUAUCAGUCAUCAGGUCCUUCAACGACGUCCACAUCGCUGCACCCGUCUGCUCAGGGCUCGCGGCGCAUGAGCCCAAGUGAUUCAGGACGAAGCACUCCACAAUUCUACCAUAGCAGCCCAUCUCUAGCCUACACACCAACACGACAACAGCAGCAGCAGCAGCAAUACCGUGGUGGUGGGGGUAGAGAUGCGGGCGUGAGCAGCAACAUGCGCCGAGGAAAGCGUCACUCGCCCAUGGGGUCUUCUUUGAGAGACAGUCCUGACAGGUCACCUCCGCAAGCAGUGCGCCAAGCGCCGCAAGGAAUCGAGGCCGCCACCAGCAAGCCAGCACUGCCAGCAGCACUAGCAGCAAUCACAGCAGCUGCAGGUCAGACAUCAAGGCCUAGAACACCACACAAUGCGGCCGUGCCUCACCAGCACGUAUCUGGACAGACCAACGGCCUGGAGGAACGUUUACAGCGGAGAAUACAGCGUAGCACGCAGGAAAGUACACCGGUCAGUUCGGACAGAGCAUAUCAUUACGCCACUGAGAGCGAAGUAGACACACACGAUGGCCGUUUAGAGGAAGACCUGUGUCCAAGCCCUCCUUCACGGCACAUAGCCGAUCCCAGAUCUCUAGGGAACGACUUUGCAAACAUUUCACAGUUAUUUGACUAUGCGGAACGUGAGCCCGCUACAAGAGCUGGACCAUCACGAAGUCGCCAGAGACAAUAGAACAGUUCUGUUGCGGCACUGAGUAAGAUCACUGUCGGCGAGAACAAAACUUGUGACGCCGAGAGUUAGUGCACAUCACAGGCUGGUACAAUUUAUAUUAUUUUUGUUGAUAUCUUUAUGACAGCGCAAACUACAUGUAUGAUGUAGGUGCACCAGUGUCCAUUAUUGAUUUCUUGAUAAGCCGUCCAUGUUGAAUUAUGACGGUAAACCCGACUUGACUAGUUGCUCAUGCCGCCGCCGUCAUUGGCAUAUUUCCCACAACGUAUUGCGAGACUCGUAUGAGGUUUUGAGACUCCCGUUUUCACUUUAUAAUAUUAAUAUUAGAAUCAUACAUGUACAUGUAUCACCGGUGCACCAUAUACGCGCACUUGUUUAUGGCAAAAUCAUAAACUAAAGU